CGCUACUCAUCUUAGCGAUUCAACAGACUUGCUAAACUUGUCUUAUUGCUGCCGCCAAUUCUACAAUCUUUGUCUCCCAAAGGUUUACUCCUCACUUCAAUUUGAAAGGCUCAGCAUAUGGAAACUUAGCUAUUUAACCCAUGCUCUUAUCGAAAAUCCCCAGUUGGCCGUGGCUGUGCAUCAUCUGUCUCUCUGUACUGAGUCCACCUGGGGCCAUGACAUGGAUGCAUAUGAUAUUAAAUACGAACCAGGCGUCAUUCGCCCGGCACUAUCGGCCAGAGGUUAUUCUGAACAGGAGCAAGAGGAAUGGGAGAAUGAUCUGACCAACGGACAAAACGAGGAUCCAUGGCUAGCUUUACUCAUUCCACUCCUGCCUAACCUGCAAUGCUUGACCAUGACAUUUGAGAAUCCGUCGACUCAUGUGCGAAAGGUCCUUAAGCGUGCUCUUGGUGGACAGUGGCCGCUUGACUCGCAACCCCUCGCAUAUUUAAGAGAGAUUUCCGUUCAAGUGACAGACUGUGAACUUGAAUAUUACGGCGUUCCAACAUCGGAUGCCCUGCUGUUCUUUGGCUUUCCAUCCAUUCAAUCUUUUCGAGCUGAAUGCAUAGCUGACUGCGACGAAGAUGAAUAUUGCUCUCCCGAAGCAUUAUGUGGUUUCUCAACUAUCACUAAUAUUGACCUCCGUAAAGGCAAUUCCAAGAGUGGCAUGCGAAGACUUAUCCGUGCAUGUGCAAAGCUAGAGUCAUUCCGCUAUGAACAUGAAAUCACUAUUGGGCCCUGUGAUGACUUCAACCCGGCGGCUUUCCACGCCUCGCUUUUACAUCACAAGGACACGCUACAGAGACUGACACUUGUUUUCAACAAAGAGGAAGACUAUCGCCCGGGCCAAGGAGGAGAAGAUAACUUCUUCGGAUCCCUCUCCCAGUUUACCGCUUUGAGAGAGAUAUGCCUCAGGGCUCCAAAUCUUCUUGACUUAGGCGGAGAAGCUGGAUAUAUACAAACUCGCCUCGUCGACGUGCUUCCAUCUUCUCUUCAGCGGCUAGCUAUAGAAGAUUUUCACCAAUGCGAUAUGAAUGUUCUUACUGCUGAGCUGGAAGAUUGUGUUCUUAAUAUGACUUCUCGAUUUCCAUGCUUGCAUACUCUGCAGAUUGGGGGGUAUAUACAUGAAUAUGACCCCGUGUCUGCCGAUUUAACUCCACCAGGGAGAAUACAUAUACCAUGCAUUGCACAAGAAGUCAUUCAAAUAACACAGCGGCUACAAUUUCUUUGUCAGGCUGUGGGAGUAAAACUACGCCUUUGGAGUCGCGAAAUCGAAGAUGCAAUUGCGCAUAAAAAGGAAAUAGAGGAGGAAGGUGAGGAUUAUGAGCUAGGCUAGCAAGGAAAUCUGCGAGUGAGGGGAAAGUAAAAUGAAACAAUAGUGUCGAAAAACUUUGGGAACCCCAAGGUAGGAUUCGAGGAGUCUAGAUUGUAAGGACGUAGUAGCAAGUGAGCAUUCCAGACUUAGUGAACGUAACGUAACAUACAUCAGUUGGGAAAAUCCUG